AUGACCAGUUCAGACAUCGAGAUAUGCCGUAUCAAAGGCCACAGCAUCCCAAAGGAGGGUUCAGAUCCCAGCCGAGGGCGUGGAGAGGUGGACAACAACAACAAGGAUGGAGUGAGAACAGAGCGUCUCCCGCUGAGCUCCAGAGAACUCCAGAGACUUGGCUCUCUCUUGGAAAUGGAGCGAGCCAAGUGGUUUCAAGAGAACCAAAAGGUGCUCAUUCUGGAGAAAGAGCUGAAAGACACCAAAGCUGAGCUGGAAAAGCAGAGAAAUCUCAAGAAGGUUUUUAUCAACAGGGGCAAAGAAAUGAAGAGAACACUGCUGGCAGUAGAGAAGUUUGCCGAUUCUGAGGCUCUCGACCCUGUCGCCAUCGCUUCCACUCUCCACAACGAAGUAAGACACAAGAGGAAAAGGCUGCUGCAAGAGGACCUGGAGCAGCUGAAGGUGUCUUGCAUUGUCAACGAGGAAGCGUUCACCUCAGAAAUCAAGGCAGAAAAAGAAAGAGGUGACGCCCUCCACAAAGAGCUGGAAGAAAUGAAGACGCGAUACGAGGAGCUUAAAUCAAAAUAUGAAGCCGACGAUCGUGAGGAGAAGCUCCAGGUCGAAUCUAAGAUGUUUUACGAGGAGAAACUCGAGCAGAACGAAAAGCGCUUUGAAAAGCUGAGAGCCGAGAAGGAGGACCUGCAACGACAAAUGUCCCAGGAGAUAGACAACUUUAGAGAAACAGAGAGUCUUCUCCGAAGUGAACUGGAACAGACUAAAGAUUCUCACCAGAAACUUAUGGCUACAUAUGAAAGGGACGUUUCUGCUCUAAGAGAGCAGGCACAGAUAUUUAAGCAGUACGUCGAUAAGGAGGUAAAUGCUCUUUCCUACAAAUUGAUGAGGGACCUAAAGAUUAUUGAUGAACUGGAGUCCGAGAAAGACCAGCUCCAAAAACAACUCAUGGCAUUCCGGCAGAUGCACUCUAUCAAGAAGGUGAGCUACAAAAGAAGGUUGGAAAAUCUGGAGACGACGCUGCAAAACACCGAGGAAGUCGGACCUCCGAUAAGAAAAGUGGCCAGACUUGACGACAGUGUGCCUGAAAACAACGUCACUGAUGAUAUGGAUCUGGACAGUCUCAUAGAGGAGAUGCUGUCAGAAGAAAUGGAAGUACCUGAUGCAUCUCCAGAGGAGCUAAAUGACUUUGUAGAGGAGAUGCUGACAGAUUCAGCCAUUCUAUAUCAAAAUCACAUGGACGUCAGAAACUUCUUUAUGUGA